CUCCGUUUCAUUAUCGGGGAAAAGUGUGCCUGUUGCCUUUGACCCCAGUCCUACUGUCCUACUGUCCGACUGUCACUUUUCGUGUAUUUUUUCUUCUUGAGGGUUUGCCUGGGAAACAUGUUGCGCGAGUUUGAGAUCAUCAUCGGCUACCUGGAACUAUGCUUCCUGCAGUUCUUCCUCGACUGGCUGAGGGCCCUGGCGGAUAGGUGGAUGCCGGUGUUCAUCCUCAGCGCCGUGCACUCGGGCAGCGUCGUGCUGUACACGCUAUGGAGCAAAGUGUACCGCGAGCCGGAGUGGAGCGACGUGGUGAUCUUCAACGAGCAGCCCAACAGCUGCCCCGGCAUCCACACCGACCCCGUGUGCCGCAAGCGGAUCUGCGAGUCCUGCCGCACCAACCGGCUCAUCCACUACAUCAACCAGGCCAAGCACACCAUCGACCUGGCGCACCUCACCUUCUCCCACCGCGCCAUUUACGUCGCCGUGGUGGCGGCCCACGACCGCGGCGUCCGCAUCCGCAUCGUCACCGACUCCCAGAUGCUGUCCGUCCGCGGCUCCGUGAUCCACCGCCUCUGGUCGCUGGGGGUGCCCGUGCACACCGCACCAGCCCGCACCAUGAUGCACCACAAGUUCGUGAUCUUCGACGGCCAGCGGCGCAUCAUCCAGCUGGAGAGGGAGCAGCAGAAGACCUUCACCGGGCUGUGGGGCAGCCGCGGUCUGGUGAUGACCGGCUCCCUGAACUGGACCAAGCAGGGCACCGCCAGCAACUACGAGAACGCGGUCAUCUGCUCCAACAGCAAGUCCAUCGACCUCUACCAGCAGGCCUUCGAGGAGCUGUGGCGCAACUUCAACCCCAUGUCCUCCGACGACGUGACCUACGAGGACCUGCGCGUCAACAACUACGGCAAGAAUCUCUACUAGCCCUCUAUUGAGGGGCUUUCAAUAAAAGCAAAGAGACGUGAA